AUGGCGACAUCGAGAUUCCGACUAGUGUUCCACGUACCACCGUCCGCCGCCGCGGCGUGCAAGUCAGCCAUCUUCGCCGCAGGCGCCGGUCAACAGGGCAAUUACAGCGAGUGCUGCUUCACGACAGCACUAGGCACUGGGCAAUUCCGUCCCACCGCCGGCGCGAAUCCCGCCAUCGGCAAGGUUGGGGUCUUGGAGGAAGUAGAGGAGCUCUGCGUCGAGACACUUUGCGUCGGGGAAGAAACGACCAUGAAAGCCGUCGCCGCUCUCAAAACCGCCCAUCCGUACGAGGAACCGUCCUAUAGUGUCUAUAGACUGGAGGACUUCUGA